AUUAUAAUAUAAUUUCAAAAUCGCAAAUUCCCCAACACUCAGGCAAACCCUAGGUUGCAAAAACAAUAUCAGUGAGAACUCAGACAAUGAACCCUGCUCCGACGGCGGAAGCGGCGGCGCAGCUGCAAGAGGGGAUCAAUUUGGUUCUUUCUCGAUGGACCGCCCUCCGAAUGGCCGUCGAGAAUGAGUGGGGCGGCCGUACCUCCGCCCAGAAAUCUCAGCAAUUCAGCCGCGAUAUUUUUCAUCGCCUCACCCAAUCAAAAGAGCUAUAUAUUCAUGAAGUAAAUAAUAUGCUUGAAGAAUUCAUGUUAUCUCUAAACACAGAGAUAGAAGAUGGCAGCAUUGAAGAGAUAGCAGAAAAAAUGAUGGUUAUGCGUGAAGAAUGUUUACAAGGUAACUAUGACUCGGUUACGACAUUGAAGAAAACAAAUGUUACAAGCCUCUCUUAUUGCAGACAGCCUGGAAUUAACGACGAAAAUGACAGUUCCGAUGAUGAUGAUGAUGAUGAUGAUGAUGAUGAUGAUGACAUGGCAGGUGAAAACUAGUCAGCAAUGUAAAAGUUGGUAUUCAUACUAGUCUCAACCAGUAGGGCAGAAUAACUAUAAGUAGAAGAAGAAAAAAUUCCCAUUUCAAUAGACAGAAGAUUGAAUUAUUAUUAUGGCAUAUUCGCUAUUUUAUAUCGCGAUUUUUGAUUUGCGUUACUAAAGAAUCUUUUGAAUUUUUUUUU